CUUACUUCCAAGCUUUCAAUGUCAUUCUGGCUCGAGCCUCCCUUUCAACGCCUCAAGCUUUUCCUAUACUGCCUUCUCUCUUCAGCAGAACCCGGCAGUAUCCGCCGAUUCAAAUUCGGUGUUCCUCUUGUCAUAAAGCGUACUCCACGACUUGUGUCCACCGAAGCAGAUGCCCUCGCUUUCCUCAACUCAACGGGGCUCGACCUCCCCAUACCUCGUUUGGUCGACACCAAAUCGUUAGCCGUGGAAGACCUUCAAAAGAUCAUCGACGAUAUCCUCGCCGUACUCCACCAGCUCUGGACCCUCCAACAACCACCUUGCGACUCCGGCAAAGUCAUGCUCAGUGCAAGUGGCCACGGUCUGCCGGAUGGGUCGAAUGACAAAGAUACACAUGCCGGGCCUUGUCCCUCCAUCCUCGACUGCUACGUACCACUCACGCAUCACCUCAAGCAGCCCGGUGAUCCUAUGUGGUCUGCAGAGCUGCUCUCUGCGAGACAGCCCGAGUUGAUCAAAGCCGUUACAUCCGACCGGAUCGCUUGGGUCGCUGGUGAUCUCCGGCCACAUAACAUCCUGAUCUUGGACGGCAGACUGAGCGGCAUCAUCGAUUGGCAGGAUUCGGGGUGGUUGCCUCUUCACUGGCAGUUGCACGCGCUCCGGAACCCGUGUAUGGGUAAUCCGCUGUCCUUCUGUAACCUGUGGAGGAAGGUGAAAUUUUCAAAGGAGACGGAAGAGGCAUUCGAGGCGUCGUGUAAAUUGCUUCGCUCCUACGUCGUCUAG